AUGCAGUCCCUUAUCAGAGCCGUUCUUUUCUUGGGCUUCCUAGCCGCCAUGGUGGCGGCGGCCCCAUCACCCAACAUCCAGAAGCGAGGCGUAUACUCGGUGGAGCGGGUACGCAAUGUGAACUUCAAGGGACACAACGGCCCCAGGCAGUACUUGAAGUCUCUGAGGAAAUUCCGCCUGAAGGUCCCACCUGCGCUGAUGGACGCCAUCCGGAACCAGUCCAGCUCGACAACCACCCUCGAUGACAAGCUCACCAACAGUGCCAAGGUUGAUGCUGCUACCAACACCACUAAUGCUGCUACCAACACUACUUCCCUUGCUGCCGGCACUGGCCUCGUUGCUGCUACACCUGAGCAGGGUGACGUUGAGUACCUGGCCCCAGUGAACAUUGGUGGACAGACUAUCAACCUCGACUUCGACUCCGGAUCUUCCGACCUGUGGGUCUUCAACACUCAGCUCGCCGCCGCCGACACCGCAGGCCACACCCUCUACAACCCGACCAAUUCCUCCACCUUCGCGAUGAUGAACGGCGCCACAUUCUCCAUCAGCUAUGGUGAUGGCUCCGGUGCUGCCGGCAACGUUGGCACCGACACUGUCAACAUUGGCGGCGCCACCGUGACACAGCAGGCCAUUGAGAUGGCCACUGCCGUCUCGCAAUCCUUCAUCGAGGAUACCAACAGCAACGGACUCGUCGGCCUGGCCUACAGCAAGCUCAACACUGUGCAGCCUCAGCAGCAGAAGACUUUCUUCGACAACGCCAUGGCCACGCUCGCCGAGCCCGUCUUCACUGCUGACCUUCGCAAGGCUUCCGUGGGAGCGUACACCUUCGGCGCCAUCGAUGCCACCAAGUUCAACGGUACCAUGUCGUGGGCCGCUGUCAACACCACCAUGGGCUUCUGGCAGUUCAGCAGCACCAAGUUUGCGGUCGGCACCGGCGCGGCUCAGGCAGCCAACCCUACCGGCCAGGCCAUUGCCGACACCGGCACCACCCUCAUCAUCGCUGACCCUACCAUCGUCAACGGUUACUACUCCCAGAUCCCCUCUGCGCAGAACAAUGCGCAGGCUGGUGGUGUCACCGUGGACUGCAAUGCUACUCUGCCCGAUCUGAUGCUUGACGUCGGCGGCACCAUGGCCCGCGUGAGAGGAGAGGACAUCAACUUUGCCCAGGUCCAGGGUAACACUUGCUUCGGUGGUGUCCAGGCCGGCAGCGCUGGUGAGAUGGGUAUCUAUGGCGACAUCUUCUUCAAGUCGCAGUUCGUUGCUUUCAACGGCGGCAACAACUCCCUCGGCUUUGCUGAGCAUCAAUAAGCGGCCUAUAGCUUGAGAGCUCCCAUGUAUAUGGAUGAGCUACUCCAAUUCUGAAGAGAGAGUAAAGACGAGGCAUGGUCCAGGCAUAGAACUGACCUGUGUACUGUGAAAUGGGCGAUGGGGCCUUGUUUCCCAGUGGCGUGUGUGUCUCUCUCCUAUCGUCAUUCAGCAAGGAUUCUAUAAUGUACAUAUCAACCUGCGGCAGGAGGGACGUUUUAUUCUCUUCCUCGCGCUGGCUGGAUAUGUGAGCAUUCGGCAAGUGCUGUAUCGUGCAAAUAAAGCCAGUAUCACCAUCAC